AUGGGGGGAAGCCACCACCACAGGCUCCGCUCUGCCACACCGGAGUAUGAGUUGGAUGCUUUUGAGUUCUUUAGUAUCAUACUUAGGACUUCCUCCAGGAGGCAGAGGCUACCUGACACUUUUAUGAAGAUGCUGGACGGCCAUCAGCCAAAUAAUGUGAAGCUGCGACAGGCCGGCAGCGGGCUUCGCAGGCAUUGGGACGUGGAGUUGGUGAUCAGGUAUGGCCACAUGUAUCUGUGUCGUGGCUGGGAGCAGUUCUACCGUGCCUACGACCUACGGCAUGGGUACUUCCUUCUCUUCAGGUACGACAGCGACACCAUGCUCAUCGACGACGAUGAUGCCAGUAAUGGGAGCAGCAGCAAUGACUCUGGCUAUAGCCAAAGUAGCGGCGACUCUGGUUGCAGCAAAAGCGGCAACCAGGAUGAUCCAGAAUGGAGUCGGGAAGAAGAGGAGUAG